AUGGCGCCCCGAAUCUUCAUGUAAGCUAGGCUGCAGCAGAAAGGAAUGCUUCUGGUAGACUAACCUCAGGUUGCGUCCUCACAGCACAGGUGGUACUGGCUACAUUGGAGGGUAAGGUCGUCCGCGAUGCAGCCGACCCACCCAUACUCACACUUGCGGAUAGGACGGUCCUCGACACUCUGGUAAAGAAGCACCCGGAGUACGAACUCAGCGCGCUCCUCCGGAAUCCGCCUUCGAACUUCCCCCAGCUGUAUCCGAGUGUCACAGUCGUGCGUGGUGACUACGACAAUUUUGAUAUCCUGAGUGAAGCAGCCUCGAAGGCGGACAUUGUCAUUCGUUAGUCUCCCUCGUCUGCAGCACCACAAUCCCCAUGCAAUUGGAGAUGUAGUGCCUGCGAUGGCGACGUUGCAAGACGCGUCUCGUCACUCGCGCCCCGUACGGAAACGUGGCUGAUAGAUGAGAACAGAUAACGGCAAUUCCGAUCACGAACCUAGUAUCAAAGCUCUGAUCGACGGGUUGUUAAAGAGUAGUAAAUCGGGCUUUCUCAUCCACCUGAGCGGGACUGGAAUCCUCGCAGACUGGCGCAGUCCAGAAUAUCUUGGAAAGAAGAAUCCUAAAGUCUGGUCGGACAUCGAUGACAUCGAAGAGAUUACGUCUCGGCCUGAUGCUGAGCUACAUCGGAACGUCGACAAGAUCAUUCAAGAGGCGGCCAGAAAGCAUGGUGAGCGACUGAAGACGGCGAUCGUGUGCCCACCUGAUAUUUACGGCAAAGGCCGUGGACCAGGUAGAACGACCAGUGUUUAUUUCCCAGUGUUCUUGGACGAGAUCAAGACAAUCGGUGCGCCGUUCUUUGGCGGCGAGGGAGCGAACACGAGGUCCUGGGUUCACAUUGACGAUCUGAUGCAGAUCUAUCUCAAGCUCGUAGAAGCUGCUGCUGGUGGAGGCGGUAGCGCUGACUGGGGAGUAGAGGUAAGAAGCCUCAGGAUCCAUGCCCUAUAUCUUUUUUUUUUUGGCAGUGCUAAUAGCAGCGUAGGGAUACUACUUCGCCUCAAUGCAAGAGUACUCGCAGUUGGAAAUCGCCAGGAAGACAGGCGAGAUCCUCGCGAAGCAUGGGCUGCUCGAGAAGGAGAAGGCGGCGCCAUUGCAGGUUUCCCUUGAGCGCAUCGACCAGACCAUGCAGAGCUAUGGCUUCCCACAUAUUGGUACUUAUAUGUUCGCCGCCAAUUCGCGCACCUGGGCACAUCGAGCGCCGAAGAAGCUUGGAUAUCAGCCAGGUGCGCCAAAACUCUGGGACCAGCUUGAAGCUGACUUGUUGGAUGCUGCUGGAAAACGAUAG